AGGAGGGAGCAGUUUGAAAAAAAAAAAAAAGUCCUUUCCUUCUAGCUCAACCUAACUUCUCAAACUCCUAGAAGCCCUUUUAUUAAUGGCUGACAAGAGCUUCUGCAAAACCAUAAAGAUGUAACCUUUAAACAAAGAGAAGAGAGCCCAAAUGAAGUCCAUCUUCCUCAAAUUGCUCUCCAUCUCCAUCCCAAUUAUUCUCAUUUCAUUUCCCCAAUUUGCCAACUCCACAGACCCGUCUCGACCCGAUGACAAUGAGAUCCCCAGUAUCCCAUCAAUGGUGGCCGCGGCGAUGCUCUGUUUCUUGGCCGCAUCGAUCUCCAGCGCCGGCGGGAUCGGCGGCGGCGGUCUGUUCAUUCCGGUGCUGACCAUCGUCGCUGGGUUCGACCUCACCACCGCUUCCGCCCUCUCCGCUUUCAUGGUCGCCGGCGGCUCCGUCGCCAACGUCGCAUGUUGCUUCAUCAGGAAAUUUGCCGCCGGCGGCGGCAGGGGAGCAGGAGGAAGAGGCACGGGAGGAGGAAUUGACUUCGACAUUGCGCUGCUGUCGGAGCCGAUGAUGUUAUUGGGAGUGAGCGUCGGGGUAAUUUGGAACGUGGUGUUUCCCGAGUGGCUGAUUACGGUGAUGUUCGUCGGGUUUCUGGUUUGGUCGACUUUGAAAACUUGCCGGAACGGGAUGAAGCUUUGGAACCUGGAAACAGAGGGGAGGAGUUGUGGUGGGGAAUUGGGCACUGGCGACGACAAGAGCGGCGGCGGUGGAGGAGAAGAAGGUGGAAGACAGCCGCUCCUGGUGAAUGAGGAGAAGGAUGGCGGCGGCGGAUUUCCGUGGAUAAAAUUGGGGGUUUUGGUGGUUGUGUGGAUUUCAUUCUCUUCCCUCUAUCUUCUUCGCGGGAACCGCCAUGGGGAGGGUCUGAUCGAAGUGAAACCAUGCGGAUUUGAAUACUGGGCACUCUCAUCGCUCCAAAUCCCGCUAGCAAUACUUUUCACGGCAUGGAUCCUGAUGAGAAGCAAGACCCACGAACAUGAACAUCAUCAGCCAACCAACGACGAUGAGAAUCUGCAAGUUUCAGCCAGAAUAAGCAGAGCCGCCACUAACAGGAUCAUCUUCCCGAUAAUGGCGCUGCUCGCAGGGAUCCUCGGAGGAGUGUUUGGCAUUGGAGGUGGCAUGUUGAUCAGUCCGCUGCUUCUCCAAGUUGGAAUCGCAGCCGAGGUAACAGCUGCAACCUGCUCCUUCAUGGUGUUCUUCUCCUCGAGCAUGUCUGCUUUCCAGUACCUACUGCUGGGGAUGGAGCACAUCAACACAGCCAUCAUCCUUUCAGCUACAUGCUUUGUGGCAUCACUUCUCGGAUUGCUGGUCGUGCACAGAGCCAUCGAAAAGUAUGGAAGAGCUUCACUGAUAGUAUUCUCAGUUGCCAUUGUCAUGGCAUUGAGUACAGUUUUGAUGACCAGCUAUGGAGCUCUCCAAGUUUGGAGAGAUUACCAGGCUGGGAACUACAUGGGAUUCAAACCUCCCUGUUGAAAAGAAACAAAAUUUUCCGUGCAAACCGGAUUCUGAUUUCAUAUUUAAGCCCUUAGCAUAUGGUAAGUCAAAAACUUUUUGACUUGGUCAUCAAUGCUCAUUGUCAAAGAGGUCUCAGCUUACUA